AUGCCUAAUGCAGGUUAUGAGGUGGGAGACACAAGAAGGUAUGGUGGUAAUGGGAGAAGAGUGGAAGCAUGUUUAGUCGCAACCAAAGAUUGGCAUGUUGGUGAUGAAAUGCGGUUAUUAACCGGCAUGAUAGCUUGUUUGGAUCCAAAAGACGAUGCCGAAUUAAAGAAAGGGAAUCGCGAUUUUAGUGUCAUGUGGUCCACUCGUAAAAACUGCAGUUGCCUGUUCUUGGGUCCUGCUCGUUUUGCAAACCAUGAUUGUGAUUCCAAUUGCAAGUUUAUAUCACUUGGUCAGAAUUCAAUCACUUUCAAAGUAGUAAAAGAAAUUAAAUUUGGUCAAGAGAUCACUGUAUAUUACGGGAAACAUUACUUUGGUGAAAAUAACGGAGAAUGUCGAUGUAUUACGUGUGAAAAACAAAGUAUGGGUUAUUUCGCGACACUUGAAACACCCACAGAAAUUACUGAUAUUAAGGAAGAUGAUUCAUGUGGAACCAGACGUAGUACGCGGAAAAGGAAACCGGCCUUACACGAAGGUUUGUAA